GGGGCGCCGGAGCGGCGGGCGGGCGCUCGGAGCGGCGGCGGCGGCGGCGGCAGGAUGAACAGCAUCAAGAGCGUGCCGGCGCGGGUGCUGAGCCGCAGGCCGGGCCACAGCCUGGAGGCCGAGCGCGAGCAGUUCGACAAGACGCAGGCCAUCAGCAUCAGCAAAGCCAUCAACAACCAGGAGGUGCCGGUGAAGGAGAAGCACGCACGCCGUAUCAUUCUGGGCACACACCACGAGAAGGGCGCCUUCACCUUCUGGUCUUAUGCCAUCGGCCUCCCGCUGCCCAGCAGCCCCAUCCUGAGCUGGAAAUUCUGCCAUGUCCUGCACAAGGUUCUGCGGGAUGGCCAUCCCAAUGUGCUGCAUGACUGCCAGCGGUACCGCAGCAACAUCCGCGAGAUUGGGGACCUGUGGGGGCACCUGCAUGACCGCUAUGGACAGCUGGUGAGCGUCUACACCAGGCUGCUGCUGACCAAGAUCUCCUUCCACCUCAAGCACCCCCAGUUCCCCGCGGGUCUGGAGGUGACAGACGAGGUGCUGGAGAAGGCCGCCGGGUCUGACGUCAACAACAUCUUCCAGCUCACCGUGGAGAUGUUCGACUACAUGGACUGCGAGCUGAAGCUCUCGGAGUCUGUUUUCCGGCAGCUCAACACCGCCAUCGCCGUGUCCCAGAUGUCCUCGGGCCAGUGCCGCCUGGCCCCCCUGAUCCAGGUCAUCCAGGACUGCAGCCACCUGUACCACUACACGGUGAAGCUCAUGUUCAAGCUCCACUCCUGUCUGCCUGCGGACACGUUGCAAGGCCACAGGGACCGCUUCCAUGAGCAGUUCCACAGCCUCCGGAACUUCUUCCGCCGAGCUUCCGACAUGCUCUACUUCAAGCGGCUCAUCCAGAUCCCCCGGCUGCCUGAGGGACCCCCCAACUUUCUGCGGGCCUCGGCCCUGGCGGAGCACAUCAAGCCCGUGGUGGUGAUCCCGGAGGAGGCCCCGGAGGAGGAGGAACCAGAGAACCUGAUUGAGAUCAGCACGGGCCCCCCCGCAGAGGAGCCAGCAGUGGUGGCUGACCUUUUGGAUCAGACGUUCGGGCCCCCCAACGGCUCGGUGAGGGAUGAAAGGGACCUGCAGAUCGAGACCCUGAAGCGCGAGGUGGAGGCGCUGCGGGCAGAGCUGGAGAAGAUGAAGCUGGAGGCCCAGCGCUACGUGGCGCAGCUCAAGGGCCAGGUGAACGCGCUCGAGGCCGAGCUGGAGGAGCAGCGCAAGCAGAAGCAGAAGGCCCUGGUGGACAACGAGCAGCUCCGCCACGAGCUGGCCCAGCUGCAGGCCGCCCAGCGCGAGGGCGAGCAGGACCGGGGCCUGCGCGAGGAGGCUGAGCGACGGGCCAGCGCCACGGAGCUGCGCUACAGCAGGCUGAAGGAGAAGCACAGUGAGCUCAUCAACACCCACGCCGAGCUGCUGCGGAAGAAUGCGGACACGGCCAAGCAGCUGACGGUGACGCAGCAGAGCCAGGAGGAGGUGGCGCGUGUGAAGGAGCAGCUGGCCUUCCAGAUGGAGCAGGUUAAGCGCGAGUCGGAGAUGAAGCUGGAGGAGCAGAGUGACCAGGUGGAGCAGCUCAAGCGGGAGCUGGAGGCCAAGGCCGGGGAGCUGCAGCAUGCCCAGGAGGCCCUGAACCGCACACAGCAGAGUGGGGCUGAGCUGAGCUCAAGGCUGGACACGCUGAGCGCAGAGAAGGACGCCCUGAGCAGGGCCGUGCGGCAGCGGGAGGCCGAGCUGCUGGCAGCCCAGAACCUGGCACGGGAGAAGGAGGCGGUGCUGAGCCAGGCCCAGCAGGAGCUACAGGGGCGGCUGGAGGAGAAGGAGGCCCAGGAGCAGGGGCUGCGGCAAAGGCUGCUGGACGAGCAGUUUGUGAUGUUGUGUGGUGCUGCUGGCGAGGCUGAGCUCAUCCUCCACGAUGCAGUGGGCAAGCUGGACGACCCCCUACACCUGCGCUGCACCAGCUCCCCGGACUACCUGGUGAGCAGGGCCCAGGCAGCCGUGGACACAGUGAGCGCCCUGGAGCAGGGCCAUGCCCAGUACCUAGCCUCCCCAGCAGAUGCCUCAGCCCUGGUGGCGGCCCUGGCCCGCUUCUCUCACCUGGCUGCAGACACCAUCAUAAACGGGGCUGCCACCUCCCAUCUGGCCCCCACCGACCCUGCUGACCGUCUAUUGGACAGCUGCAGGGAGUGCGGGGCGCGGGCGCUGGAGCUCACACAACAGCUGCAGGACCGGCAGGGGGUGGCCAGGGCACAGCCAGGCCUGGUGCGCGGUCCCCUGCAGGGCAUCCUUCAGCUGGGCCAGGAGCUGAAGCCCAAGAGCCUGGACGUGCAGCAGGAGGAGCUGGGCGCCGUGGUGGACAAGGAGAUGGCGGCCACAUCUGCAGCCAUUGAAGACGCCGUGCGGAGGAUCGAGGACAUGAUGAACCAGGCCCGCCAUGCGAGCUCAGGGGUAAAGCUGGAGGUGAACGAGAGGAUCCUUAACUCCUGCACAGACCUCAUGAAGGUGAGUGGGUGGCCAGGACCCCGGGGUGGCCGAGCUUGGCCUGGGAGGCCCCUGGUCACACUGUCUUGGUCUUGGCAGGCCAUCCGGCUCCUGGUGACCACCUCUACCUGCCUGCAGAAGGAAAUAGUAGAGAGUGGCAGGGGGGCAGCCACGCAACAAGAAUUUUAUGCCAAGAACUCGCGCUGGACUGAAGGUCUCAUCUCCGCCUCCAAGGCCGUGGGCUGGGGAGCCACGCAGCUGGUGGAGUCUGCGGACAAGGUGGUCCUGCACACGGGCAAGUACGAGGAGCUCAUAGUCUGCUCGCAUGAGAUCGCGGCCAGCACGGCCCAGCUGGUGGCAGCCUCUAAGGUGAAGGCCAGCAAACACAGCCCCCACCUGAGCCGCCUGCAGGAGUGCUCACGCACUGUCAACGAGAUGGCCGCCAACGUGGUGGCCUCCACCAAGUCGGGCCAGGAGCAGAUUGAGGAGCGAGACACCAUGGACUUCUCUGGCCUGUCGCUCAUCAAGCUCAAGAAGCAGGAGAUGGAGACGCAGGUGCGGGUCCUGGAGCUGGAGAAGACGCUGGAGGCGGAACGCGUGCGGCUCGGGGAACUGCGGAAGCAGCACUACGUGCUGGCCGGCGGCGUGGGGUCACCAGGCGAGGAGGAGCCCAGCCCACCCAUUGCUGCCCCCCGGGUUGGGACCAAGAAGCCGCCGCUGGCCCAGAAGCCCAGUGUGGCCCUGAGACAGGACCAACAGGUGCAGGGUGCUGGGAUGUGGAGGCUUCCAGAGGGGGCAGCUGGCCCCCGGCUGGGCCACACACCCUGAGCCCUUGCCUUCAGUUCCCACAGCUCAACAAGGAUGGUGUCUACCCAGCUCAGCUCCUGAACUCCUAAGGCCCUCUGGGGUCCAGGCCUCGCGGGGCUGCUCUGGGGCCACGUCCCACCCUGGGGUGUCCCCCAGGCUGCCAGCCCCCUGCCUGUUGGUCCUGAGCUGCAAGGCUAUUACAACUCUUUAUCAUGGUGAACAUACUGGGAGACCUGCCACGUAGGGGCCACCUCUGCCUGAGACUGCAGUCCCAGCAUGCCGAUUCCAUGGUGCCCAAUGGUUCAAGCCACAGGCAGAACAAGGCACAUGCCACCCACUUCUCCUUGAGCCAGGUGCAGGAAGUGGCUGCUGUUGCUUCUGCAGGGCCGGGCAGCCUGGCAGGGGCCACCUCUGCUCCAGGAAGUACCAGUUCCAACUGGAACCUGCCACCACCACCCAUUUCCUGUUUUCCAUUCUGGACCUGGCUGUGCCCCAUCACCCAUUGCCUACCCUGAGGGCCUGUUGCCUGCCCUUCUGAAGGUCAGGGCUUGGCCCCAGAUCCACCUGUGUGCUAAGAGCAAGCCAGAAGCCAGGACUUGCUGUGGGGGCUAAGGUGGGGUAUGGCUUUGGCUGGGCAGGCACAGCCAGGAGCUGGACUGGACCCCUAGCCUCCCAGCCGUCUGCCUGCUACUGACUGUUGGCAGGGUGAGUGCUGGGCAGCACGCCAUGUCCAACUGACAAUAAAGUGCGCUGUGACUGUU